CUCAUAUCUCUCUCCCAAGUCCCAACAUCACUUCAAAAUUUCUAUUUCAGGCGAAUCUUUCUAUUUCCACAUGCAGUGGUCAACCCAGAUUCUCCCACCGGAACCAUUUUCCACCGCCGCCAACCGCCCAUCACCGCCUCCGCCGCUCACCGGCGCCCACCAAGAGUUCUCCAUCAUGGUCUCUGCUCUGCAGAAUGUCAUGAACGGCGGAGAUGCCGCAUCCGAUGUGAAUUUUGAUUCCCGCAUAUCGACUGCUUGCGCAGGAUUUGCAGAGCUGCCGGCGCUAGAGCAGAGGUGUCAGUUGUGCAAAUACGAGGGGUGUUUGGGGUGCAACUUCUUUGCGGCGCCGGACAAUAUCGCCCGUCAAAUGGAGGAGAAGAAGAAGAAGAAGGAGAAGAACUCGGCCGUAACGACAAAGAGGAAGAAGAAGAAUUACAGGGGAGUGAGGCAGAGGCCGUGGGGGAAAUGGGCGGCGGAGAUUCGGGACCCGAGAAAGGCGGCGCGAGUUUGGCUCGGAACUUUCAAGACGGCGGAGGAGGCGGCCAGGGCUUACGAUAGAGCCGCCAUUGAGUUCAGAGGUCCGAGAGCCAAGCUCAAUUUCUCAUUUGCUGAUUACACCAAUAAUACUUCUACUACUACUAUGGCAGUGACGACUUCAAGUACACGUCAGCAACACGUUACAAAUCCUUCUUCAUCAUCCACUAUCUCCCAACAGCCGCGGCAAGAAGUAGCAGUAGUACAAGAAAACAGUGAAAAUGGGACAAAUUGGUCGGCUCCCGCGAAAAUGGAAGUAGGUAACGGAGACGAGGAGUUUCAAGAAUGGAUGAAGAUGUUGAUGGAUUUUAAUGACGUCUCUUCGGAUUACAUUCUUCAACUACCGUAAACUUUGAGACGCUACUUAGUUACUUCUGGUUGAGGAAGUUAAUGGUGAUUUUAUCGGGACAAUCCAACUGAGUUGACCUAAAAAUUAACUUGGUGAUCAUGAAUUUUUAAGUUUGCUUUUUUUUUUUAUUAAUGUUCAUUGAUUUUCUUGAUUUGAACUGAUAAACUAUAAGUAAUGUACCCAAAGUUAGUUUGUUUCUUUGUUUUUCUUUACUCCGAACACAUUUUUAGAUUGUGGCUGCGGAAUCUUUUGAAAAUCAAAGUUAAACUAUUUUACUAAAAUGAGGAUAUUAUAUAUUUUUUUUAA